GGAGGGAAGGGGAGAAAGAAAGAGAUGAUGCCUGUUCGGAAGAGCCCGUCCUCAUGUUUUAUCAUCCCCUUGCACGGAGCACAACGUCUGCAAGUUGACGAGGCGCAGCCACCGAGCCAAUCAGGCUUUCCUCUCCUGCCUCCGUGUCAUCAGCCUUCGGUCGGAGGCAACGCUUUUGCUUUGCUCUUCGGACUCCGAGAGAGAGAGAGAGAGGGGGGGCGGCAGAUAAAAUGCCAGCGCUGGGCUGCCUCUCGGGAUGACCUCCUCUCCUUCGAGGAUGUGAAUGAAACAGCGGCGCGGCCCGGGGGGUGGGUGGGGGGAAGCCGCGCAGCCCAACAACUGAACAAGGCAGCCUGAGCUGAGUCGGACUGGCUGGGCCUUUCCCCGCUUUGGCAAUCCCAGCGGCGUCUGUGGCCCUGGUGUUUACUUUUUUUUUUUUUUUUUUGCCUUGAAAAAGGGGCUCUUUGGAUUAUCAGACCUCCAUGUAUGACAAUUUGUACCUGCAUGGAUUUGAAGACUCUGAGGCGGGAUCAGCAGAUUCAUACACAAGCAGACCAUCAGAUUCUGAUGUAUCUCUGGAAGAGGACAGGGAAGCCAUCCGCCAAGAGAGAGAACAGCAAGCAGCUAUUCAGCUUGAAAGAGCAAAGUCCAAGCCUGUAGCAUUUGCUGUAAAGACUAAUGUCAGCUACUGUGGAGCGCUAGAUGAGGAUGUUCCCGUACCAAGCACUGCCAUUUCUUUUGAUGCCAAGGAUUUCCUACACAUUAAAGAGAAAUAUAACAAUGACUGGUGGAUAGGAAGAUUGGUUAAAGAAGGUUGUGAAAUUGGAUUCAUCCCAAGCCCAUUAAGGUUGGAGAAUAUUCGGAUCCAGCAAGAACAGAAGAGAGGACGUUUUCACGGAGGGAAGUCAAGUGGAAAUUCAUCUUCAAGCCUUGGAGAAAUGGUGUCUGGUACGUUUCGAGCUACACCCACUACCACUGCAAAACAAAAACAAAAAGUGACAGAACAUGUGCCUCCUUAUGAUGUUGUCCCAUCCAUGAGACCUGUUGUGCUUGUUGGCCCUUCUUUAAAAGGCUAUGAAGUGACAGACAUGAUGCAGAAAGCCCUGUUUGACUUCCUGAAGCACAGGUUCGAUGGGAGGAUAUCAAUAACUAGAGUGACAGCUGACAUUUCUCUUGCCAAGAGAUCUGUUUUAAAUAAUCCAAGCAAAAGGGCAAUAAUUGAACGGUCAAAUACCAGGUCCAGUUUAGCGGAAGUACAGAGUGAGAUUGAACGAAUUUUUGAACUGGCACGAUCCUUGCAAUUGGUUGUUCUAGAUGCAGACACAAUUAACCACCCUGCACAACUUAUUAAGACAUCGUUAGCUCCAAUUAUUGUCCAUGUUAAAGUGUCAUCUCCAAAGGUUUUACAGCGACUCAUCAAAUCAAGAGGAAAGUCGCAGAGCAAACAUUUAAAUGUCCAGCUGGUUGCAGCCGAUAAGCUUGCACAGUGUCCGCCAGAAAUGUUUGAUGUUAUUCUGGAUGAAAACCAACUUGAAGAUGCUUGUGAACACUUGGCAGAAUACCUUGAGGCCUACUGGCGUGCUACACACACUACCAGUAGCACACCUAUGACACCUUUGCUUGGAAGAAACCUAGGCUCCACUGCACUAUCCCCUUACCCUACUGCGAUCUCUGGAUUACAGAGCCAACGUCUGAGGCAUAGCAACCAUUCUACCGAGAAUUCUCCAAUCGAACGACGAAGUCUAAUGACCUCGGAUGAAAACUACCACAACGAAAGGGCUCGGAAGAGCAGGAACCGCUUGUCUUCCAGUUCCCAACACAGUCGAGAUCACUACCCUCUGGUGGAAGAAGAGUACUCUGAUUCGUAUCAAGACUCAUACAAACCUCAAAGAAACCGGGGGUCUCCUGGAGGAUAUAGCCAUGAUUCCCGACAGAGGCUUUGAAUUGACGGACCUGGGGGCGAAUGGUACUCAUUGGUUGGCCACCUGCUGUUGUAACAUAGCUAGGCCAAACAAAGCAUCUUGAUGCUUACAGGCUGCUGUCAUUUCAUGCUCUAGAAGGGCAAAAGAGGAUAAAUCAAUGUUUCUCAACCUCAGCAAAUUUAAGAAUUUAAGGAAAGAAUUCCAGGAGGCGAAGUCCACUCAUCUUAAAAGUUGUCGAGGUAGAGAAACACUGAUAUAGAUAAUGCCCUUUCCAUUUAGAAAGAAAUGAGUUUGCUCAGACACUUAGAUGUGUUUUCUUUCCCAUGUAAUGUUUCAUUUCAAACUGUUAUCUUUUCUCUCCAUUAGAUAUAAUUAGAAACAUCAAUUUGUAACGUAGAAUACCUGUUGAAGCGCACAUAUGAUAAUUUCCUGUUACGGAAAUUCCAAAUGACCAGUUCCAGUUGGAACCAAUUUAUAAACCAAUUCCUGUUGGAAUUUGGGUGAAAUUGACUGGAAAGUCAACUUGAGCAUGUUGCAGUCAGUGGAAAAAAAAAAGUGAAAUAAAAUGAAGAGAACGUAAAUUACAAAAUCAUUAUAAGCAAAAAAAGAUAUUUUAAAAAAUCUCUAGUACUUGUUUACUGGAAGGUUAAUUUAUAUAUAGCUAUAGAUACAGUUAGAAUAAAUAAUAUUAAUGUAUUUAUUUCAGACUACCAAAUGUAAACACUCAACUGUGCCAAAAAUAAUGAAUGAAUGGAAAAGCUCGAAGCCUUUCCAUUUUAAACACAGUAGAUUUUUUUCCCCCUCCCGGGCUUAUAUAUUGCAGCAAACCUGUAUCGCAUUGAUAUUUUUUGCAUUUGCUAGAUCAUAUGAAACUAUUUCAGCAACUUGAAAUAAACUAGAGGUGAAGACAGGCAUGUUUUAAAAAAAAAACAUGGUGGAAAUGAAUGCACAUUCUGUAGCACAGAUGAAAUGGAGUUUCACUCAAUGAACCUGGAAGGUGUGAACAGUGCUCUUGGUGUGUAUAGUUUUAUGCAUGAAGGGUCGUCUGCAUGUUCCAAGUGUGUGAUGGCAUACCCAGAAUGUUUAAAAGAUCUAUCCAUAGUUUCUCCUAGGGAGAACUAGAAAAGGGAUAGCUUAUCUCAUGUUCCUUGUACCUUAGCACUGAAGAUGGGAUUAGAGCUUUUGGCUUUGCCCAAACAAGGAAAGUCUGGCUCAGCUACGGUAGAUGAUUAGCAGAAGGAUGAAAACAACCAUUACUCUUUUGGGGCUGGUAAAGCUAAGCCUUAAUGAAGAAUCGGUAUUAGGCACAAGGAUCCUAUCCAUCUAGUGUCCUGGUUUGUCAAAAAAAAAAAAAAAAAAAGGCUUUGCAAAGAGUUAAAAGGAGGUGUUUAUAUUUGGAUUUUAUCCUGUGCAUUAAAUGUAUUAAAAGUUGAAGGUGUUUCAUAGGAAAAGAUUAAUGUGACAUUGUUCACACUGCUUUAUAGUCAAGAAAGAGAUUUCAUCCAGCCAAAGCACUAGAGAAGCAGUAUUAUGAUAAGGCAUCCCCAAAGUCUUGGGUGCUUAUUUGGCAUGCGAAUUCUGAACCAUGAUGGCCUGUUCUCUUUAUCGUGUCUUAGAAUGAGGUGUACUGUUUUCUUAGUCCGAAAGUUAUAUCCACCAAACAUCCAUAAUUUUUUCAAUCAAAAGUAAUAUACCGUGAUAAUUAUGCUAUGUUGGCCUUUCGCCCAGAUCCUGAUCACAAAUGUGCUGCAGUCCCUGGACUUCCUGCUUCUCCUUCCUCCCUAGAGUGAAAAAGCAGCCCUGAGCACAUUAAAGCCCUUUGUAUGUAUGAAAAGGACGGGUAAACUCUGGCAUGCCGGAACUUCAUAAAUGUAUCAUCAAGGAGAUGUUUUGGAGCUCCUAGGUCAGUAAGGGAAUGUCAGGUCUAGAAAUAUCAGAAAAGAUAGCAUCACAUAUACUCCACAUCUCAAGAUUGUCUUCAGAGUGAGUGGCAAGCAUGGUGUUUUUUUUUACACAAUGCUUUUAAUAAGCUAAUAAUUACAAAAUGAUAGUAAUACACAGAGAGAGGCUCUUCUGACCAAUAUAUUCAGUACAAGAUUCUAACGCUCAUAUUUCUGCAUAAGAAUGGCUGUUUGAGGAACAGGUUUUGAAAAAAAGUAGGCGAGAUUAGCAUUCAAGUAUUAGAAAGAGAGCAGAACAUACGAGUAAACUAAACAAAUGAUGAAAAGUAGAGCUUGAUACAUGGAAAAAGUGCACAAAUAAGCUAUAUUAAGAAGGGCUAUACCAAUAAUGUGAAAUGAACUAAGGUUACAUUAGUUGGUGAAAGAUAAAAUAAUGUCCAUAUAAAUGAUAUACUUGAUUGCUAGAAUACAGCAAAUGAAAGAAUUGGAUGGGACAUUUCUGUACCUUUUCUCACUAAGCUACGUUUAAGAUGUGUUCAGAUAGUUAAAAGAAUUGAAGCAUGGCAUAGGGUGGUAUUUAUAUAUAUAUUUCCUCCAAAUGAGGAGUGCACACUACUCUCCAGAAAUACUUUAAAUAUAUACACAUCAUAAGGCACUCAGGUAACUGGAACAGAAAUAUUCAUAUGUAACCAUCAAAGCAUAGGGCAUGAGGUUUAUCACAUAUCAAAGGCCUUCAUUUUAGCACAGAGAAUGCCAAAUCAUACAUGAUGUUAAUUGUCUUCAAGGCUCUGUGGAACUCUUCAAACAUUAGGAAAUUGAAAAAUGGCAUAGGCAUUUCCCAUUGCAUACUGCUGGAUACUUGCAAAGUAGACAUUUUUGUAUUUGACCAUCAAAUCUCAGGUCAUGAAUGUUACCUCAUAAUGGAGACCGGUACUCCAGCACAAACCUGCUUAGAGACAGUCAGUGGGCUGUGGAGCUGCAGUGCCCUUUAAUUGUUUGGGGUUAAGGGGGGGGGGAAGGACUGUCAGAUUUAGAACCAGCAAGGGAGAUGUAUCCAAAUUGGCCAGACAAAAGGUUCAUUUCCUACCAUAGUAUUACACGCUCUGUAAGAAUGAACACAAAAGCAGUGAGCUUGUCAUAGAAUUGCCUCUGUAAUUGGCUGCUGCUGGUUGUGUAACCUGGGUGGAAUAUUUGACGGCGCUGUUUCUUGGUGGACAGGGUAUCUUCAGAGCGCUAGCACUUUAAUGCAUGCCCCAAACUUAUGUAUUAUUGGAAAUAUUUCCUAUAGAGGUAGUCCUCGACUUACAACCACAAAUAGAGUCCCAAAUUUCUGGUGCUAAGCAAUGUUAAGUAAGUUUUGUCUCAUUUUAUGACCUUUUUGUCAUAAUUGUUAAGCGAAAUUGCUGCAGUUGGUAAGUGAUUCCUGGUUGUUAAUGACUUUGCUUGUUGGAAGCCAGCUGGGAAGGUUAUCAAUGGUGAUCACAUGACCCCAGGACAGUACAACUGUCAUAAAUAUAUGCCAGUUCCUGAGUGCCCACAUUUUGAUUGUUUGACCAUGGGGAUGCUACAACCAUUGUAAAUGUGAAAACCUGUUAUAAGUCACUUUUUUCACUUCCAUUGUAACUUCAAGCGGUCACUAAAACAAAUGGCUGUAAAUGGAGGACUACCUAUAGUGGUGUAUUUGAAAUCAGACAUUUGAAGAACAGAGUUUAUCAGAAAAACGUGACUUCUUAAAUGUAAUUAGAGUUGUAUAUUUUUAUUUAGGGAAAUUAUAUUUUAUGACCAUCUGAGGCUGUUACGUAAUAGAUAGAGUCUUCUAAUUCAGCUUGCAUCUUGUAUUUGUCCUGUCUCAAGCAUAGCAUUUUAUUGGAUGGGGAGAAUCUUGAUGAUGAGUUCUUUGAUUUCUAACUUUCAUGUUUUCUCACUUCUUUGUAAUUUUUUAAGACACUUCGUUAGGAUAGCCCUUAGCUGCAAAAAUUCAGAGAACCACUAGAUGGCAAGAAAGAAAUUAGCUGCUAUCUGAUGUUUCUCUGUAUUUUUUUCCCUCCCCAAAAUUGUAACCACUAAGGAGGAAAAGUAUUCCCACUGAUGAUGAGUCAUGCCUAGUCUGGGGCUGGAUCAGCCUGAACCUGACUUUGUUCUAUUAAAAAAGGGGCGAAAAGCCAAAAGCAGUCUGAAUGUUUUUUUUUUGCAAGGUGAAACCAGCCCCAGUGUGGCCCAGAAAACAGGCCAAGCAGCCCCAUCAGCAGUUAAAGCAAGAAGACAGUGAAGAGCUAUGGUGGCGCAGUGGUUAGAAUGCAGUAUUGCAGGCUAACUCUGCUGGCUGCCUGCAGUUUGAUCUUGACCGGCUCAAGGUUGACUCCGCCUUCCAUCCUUCCGAGGUCGGUAAAAUGAGGACCCAGAUUGUUGGGGGAAAUAUGCUGACUCUGUAAAUUACUCAGAGAGGGCUGUAAAGCACUAUGAAGUGGUAUAUAAGUCUAAGUGCUAUUGCUAUCACCUGGGGUGGUGGCAUGCAGGGCAGCAGUGACCUUGGAGUGCAGGUAGUAAGGGUGACUGGGAUUGAUCUGGGCUGGCUGUGGCUUUCUGGAACAUAGUAAGCAGCCCAGAGCCAGGCGGUUUGGGGGUGCUUGCCCAUCUCACAAGGUAGGGUGCAGGACAGCCAAAAUGACAGUGAUGGGGUGGGGGGGGAGAUAUAUAGUGGUGGAUUGCUUCCGGUUCUGUCCAGUUCUUGUGAACCAGUAGUAAAAGCGGCGGGAGGCUUUGCCCACCCUCCUGGACAUCAUAAUGGAUGAUCUGCGCAUGGACAGAAGCAUUCGUGUGCUCACUCCUGUUGCGAACCGGUAGUAAAGGUAAGUAGAACCCACCCCUGGGGAGAUAGGUAAGUGGUGGAGUUGGAGGCAAUUCCUUACUUAUUGAGGUUUGAGACUGGGACAGAUCAAGCUUGAAAUGGAGUGGAUUGGGCUGGGUGCUCAGCUAAUAACCAAUAAAAUUUGCUUAACAAUAGCAAUGGGGUUUCCUGGAAUUGCAGUCGCUAAGCAAUGCAGUCACGCAACAUCUUGCUUUAGAGCCACAUUGCUUAGCAAUUGAAAUUGAGGUCCCAGCUGUGGGCAUAAGCUGAGGACUAUUCUGUACCUACUGUUAAGUUCUGAAAAUAAAAUCUGUAUAUAGCUGAAGUGGUUUUGUUAAGGUAGAAAAGAUGAGUAACUGUGCAUUUACAGCAAGGAGAAAUAAAUUGGAGCACCUUGGAGAGAAAGAUACGUUUGACAAUGUCUUGGCUAUAGCUUGUUGGGAAGAAAUAUGGGUUCAGUAUGUUUGGGCUACAGGGGAACUUAAUUUUUUGAGUCAUAUUGAGCAUCAUUUGUUCCCCCUAUAGUGUUUAUUUAUUGCAAGACAUAGACAGAAUUGUUUCUGAGGUUUUGCUCCCAGACAUGCCAAAUCGCUUGGCCAAUUUUUGAUGCUGUGCAUCUUGAUAUGGCUGGAUAAGGAGCCCCAUUUACUAAUCUGCUUCAGGAAAUAGCACCUCUGAACCCUUUCUAGGAGUCCUUGCGUAAAGAGCAUGAACUCUUGACAUAUAAGAAAUAUUAUACCGAGUACUGCUGUCCGACACUUUGAAUUGAAAGGUAAAAAAGAGAUUUUGGCACACCUUGGGAUGCUCAGGUAGCACCUCCCUAUAGCUCAAAGCAGCGGCGGCAGCAGUUUUUCCUGGGUUACACAGCCACUUUCUGCCCCACUAGCCCAAGAAAAAGCACAUUUUCCUUCAAGAGUUGCAAAUAGGCUACAUGCCUGUGGUGGUUCCCCACACUUGGAAAGACAGCUUUGCCUUCUAAUUGGAAGCAUCAUAGAGCUCUAGAAAGCCACUUCGGUGUAGUUGGUGAAAGCAUCUGGCUAGAAACUGGUAGUUGGUGAAUUCUAGUCCCAUCUAAGACACGUAGUCACUUGGGUGACCUUAGGCUAGUCACUCUAAUGUGCAAUGGUGAACCACUUCCAAAAAACUGUCAACAACACUUGUUUAGGGAGUUGCCAGGAGUCAAAAGAUGACUCAAAGGCAUGAGUGUGUGCGCACACUCGUGUGCAUGCACACAUCUCACACAUACACACACACACACAGAGAGAGAGAGAGAGAGAGAGAGAGAGAGAGAGAGAGAGAGAGAGAGAGAGAGAACUCCUUAAUCAGUCUAAACCAGGAAGUAUCACAGAAAUCCUCUCUGCAGAUUACAUUCGAUUCUUAACAAAGGAAAUACACACUAUAGGGUAAAUGUUUGUGUGGAUUGUGAAUUAGGCUGGAGUUCUUUUAUGUUUCCAGAAAGAAACCCACAACCAGUUGUACAAUGGGUCAGAAACAGAGGCAGGCCAUCUUUUUAAAAAAAUACAUGAAAUAAAUGUUACUGCUUGUGCACUAUUUGCCAAUCAUCUCCCUGCCAAAGCAAUGCUUUUUUCCCCAGAGGAAAAGGUCCAAGCACAUAAAAUGAACAAAAAAUAAACAGAAGAAAGAAAUUCUUUAGUUUCCAUGGAAACAGACUGGAAGGCAGUAUCUCUAUUUUUCUUGUAUUACUGCCCUCUAUUGCUUUUUCCUCGAUUUCCUUAAUCCUUAAAACAAAUUAGUGAUCUUUUAGUUAUUCAUUUGUAGUUUAGGAGUCUGAACUCAGAAAGCUAAACAGACUUGGCUAGUACCAUAUUUGGAUAGGAGACCACUAGGAGAUAAUAAGGCUGAGGACCAAGCUGAAUUUACUUAAACAUCCAGAGAAAGCAGUGGCAAACCACAUCUGUAUUGCUGCUUGUCUAUGAAAUUACCAGGAAUUGAGCUGGAUUCAAGUUAUCUUUAUGUAUAUUACCCUUAAUGUAAUUGUAAAAUUGUUUGGUUCUGACUGUACUCUCUGUGAAGUCUCUUGUUAAAAGCAUGUUAUGGUAUUAAAGUAAGGGUUGCUGCUAUUGUUUAUGGAAUGGGAGUAAUGAUAAACAGCACUUCCCCAUCAGAAAUUCUACACAGCACUCCAGCAUAAAUGCACACUCCUUUAUUGCAAUUGAUGGUUACAUAUUUAAGACAGAACUUUUUCAACCAUGGUUUAGCCUUCUUUUAAUGUCAAAAUUAACUUCUGAAAAGUACAAUAUCAUCUCCUAUGGAUAGGAGAGUUGUGCAGGAUUUUGGAUUCAACUAGGAAGAGAUGCUUUGGACAUGUGGGAGCAUGAAUGCAGGCAGCAUCCCUGACUGAUUCAUUAAUUCAACUGCAUCUUUUUCUCAAACUGUGUGGCUGAUCCAGGGAAGAUACAAAUGCUUUAACAAAUUACCAGAGCUGCGUUCAUAUUUGUAUGCAUUCCACAUAAAUAAAAAGAAUUGUACAGCUCUAACAGAUACAUUUUCUAAGCAAUCUUAUUUAAGUAAAUUAACAAGCCACUUUUAUUUGGUUCUGUGUAUAGGUUUUUCUGUUUCCCACCCUCUUCCCCCUUCUGAAUAAUUCCUUGACAAAAGACAAUUAGGGCAUAGAAUUUAUCUGGAGAUUCAGUGCAAUCCAAAGAUGCUGGUUCAGUGAUUAUGUAAGGCUGCAAAUAGAAUUAUUUCAAAAAUCAUCUUAAUUUGUAUUCAGAGUAGGUAAAUAUAUCUGAAAAAUUAAAUGGGGAAAGAAUUGGAGAACAUGCAGUUUUGCAGACUGGCAGUUUUUGGUCAUCCCAAUUGUAUAUUCAGAAGCCGAGUCCCAGUUAGUUAAUAGCGUAGCAAUAUCAAUCGUUGCUGGAUCAGUUCACAAUUCCAACAAAGUUUCCAACUUUGUGCAGUGAUACUUCCAGGCAAAAUAGGAUAUAAAGAUAAUCGGCCUUCUUUAUAUUCUGUAAUCAAAACAUCAUUUCUUAGUAAUGUUAUGCCUGGAGACACGGUAAUGGUGAUGAGGAUGACUGAUUAAAGGCCAUUCGCAGAUCUGUAAAAAGCUCUCCAAGCUAAUGGCUGCCAUGAGCACUCCUAAAUUUGUUUAAGUGGGUUUCGCAUUAUAAUUACAGCACUUCCCAUGGACAUCACUGCAGUGAAUAGUGAAUUUGGCUAAAUGAAUUGCUGUUGAGCUUCUGCUUGCUAGCAUGAUAGUUGCCCUUUUUACUUAGUACAGCGGUGUCAAACUGGUGGCCCAUGGGCCAGAUGCGUCAUGCACAGGCCAUGCCCAUCCCAGUUCUGCAAAGGGAAAAACAUCACACAAUGUCACGUGACGGCAACGUGACACCAUGAGUUUGACAUCCGUGACUUAGUAUUUUAUACUACAACCCAGUAGAGCCUUUCCUUCAACAUGGACCCCUUUAAAUGCCUUUUGUGGCCACGGACCAUGGCCACAGACCCCCAAGACUUAAGAUUUAAAUCAUAACAUUUCUUCAAGUCUUCGCGGACCCCCCUGUGCCCCUUGCCAUGGUCCACGGACCAUAGGUUAAGAACCACUGCAGUAGAGCAUUUUAGAAUACACUUAAUGCCUUGAUUACAUACUGCAUAUACAUGGGCAUGAAAAAGGAGACAUUGGGGGGGAAAUUCUCACAAAUUUUAACAAAUUUGGGACCUCAUUAAAUUGCCACAAAUACUUUGAAAUCAGUCAAUCUGGCUGUUUGUUUUUUUUUUUUUUGCGCUCUGGUAGCAUUAUGACUGGACUAUUGAAUUGCUUGAGAUUUGCAUUUUACAGUGGAUAGUUUUGCAAUGGUGCUUGACAUACUUGCCUUAAGGGAAAAAAUAUAAGGCAUUUAGUAUUUCAGAAGAAAAAUAAUUAAUUUUGUAAGUUUUUCCCCCCAUCCAAGCUAUUGACAAUCUAAUGAAACACACUAAGGAAAGAAUUCACUAAAUAACAUUAUUAUCUUAUGGCACAAAAUUACUUUUGCAUAUUCAUCUUUUUUCAAAAAAAUAAUCAGUGCUAAUAUAGAACCUUCCAGAUUUAUUGGAUAUAUAACUCUUAGGACUCUUGCAUAGUAUUGCCAUCAAGCUGGGCAUUCUGGACUAACAUAUCUGGACAGCCCCAUGUUGACUGAAGAUUUUUGAUGGAGUCUCCUCUUGUUUCUUAUAUAACAAGUUAUUUUGUGCCAACUUUAAAUUUACUUGCUGGUGCAUGCAACUCUGGCAAUGCCUAUACAAGUAAUAAUCACACACAAAAGUCAGCAUUGUGUUCUGUAGGUGUAGGAGAUCCCACCUACAUCCUUGAUCAGACUUUUCAUUUAAGUCAAGAAGUUCUCAAUUUUGUCCUCAGCGUGAGCAGAGAACUCGUUUGAAAUAUGGCCAGGGGAGAGAAGUCCGAGCCCUCCAGAUGUUGCUGAACAACGAUUGUCCACAUUCCCAGUCAAUGGGAGAGACUGCUGGAAAUUGAACUCCAUAUAGGCCUUUCCUCAAUGACUUGGUGCUUUCCAACAAUCUUUCUGUAUGCAAAUGUUUUUUCCAUGCUUGACUAACCAGAGCCCAGAAUAUAACCGGUAACAAAUUUUCAAUUAAGUAAACAUCUUUUCUUCUCUUCUUUGGAAAUUGGGGGGAAAUUGGGGGGGGGGAUAGAAUAUUACUGUGCUUAUUCAACAUUAAAAUGUAUGUUCGGUUUUCAGCAGUAUUGUUGUUUGAUCGCUGAUUUUCUGUGAAAUUAAUGAAGAAUUGAAUAAGACUGUGACUGCAAUUCUAUGUAAACUGCCUAUAGAUCCUAAGGGUGAUUUCCAUGCAGAUUUGCGUAAGAUUCAGUGUAGGAAUGAUUUUGCAGUUGUAAUGUAAAUCCUUAUUAAAACAGUGUUACGCUGCCUCAUAUGCUGAUCGGAUCCCUAAGACUUUAUGUACAGUUUACAGAUAUUUCAGAAUAUUUAAGAAACUGUGUCCCUGGGUGUGUCAAUUUUAAGACAUUUGAGGGUUGUUUAUAAUUUACUUUCUGGGAGAAAAGAAAUCUGUCCUGGGAUGAUUGCCUUAGGAUGCAUCUUUAUACAAAGCUUUUGAAAGCAGGCAGAAGAAGUGCAUCAGUGGCACUUUUGAUCCUAGCAAAAUAUAUCCCCUAGCUGAGGUGUUGCACAAAUAACUGAGCAGUAGAGAACUGUCUCCCUGGGAUUAUUUCCCUUUGUCUCGAUUGCUUUGCCAAGUUGUAUUUUCAAGAUUUGAUUGUUAGAGGUUAUUUUUUGCAAUUUGUGUAAUCGAAAGAAAUUGAUAAUGGCAUGUACACCUAAAUACCAGAUAAUGUUUUAGAUCCAUGCUGUUUAUUAAAAUAAACUCUGCAGCAAAGCCUCAUCUGCACAAUUGAAGCAUAACUACUCACAAAAACUCUGCUUCUGAAUUUAAUUUGGAGUGUGCUUUGAGAUCCAUAAUACAUCGUAACUCUUGGACAUUCUGAAGUUCAAGGGAGUUUCACUCAGAAUUAUUCUACUUGGUAGAGUUGCUUUGGUCUAGUGCAGUGAUGGCGAACAUUUUUGCCGUCACGUGCCAAAAGAGGGGGUCGCGCGGGGGGGGGUCGUGCAUGUGCAUGGCCACACCCAUAAUUCAAUGCGCCCCACGCAUGCGCGCUCGAUCCCCCCGUGCUCUCCCCGCUUUUGGCACAUGAUGGCACGGUGGGCCCGAUAGGCCCGUUUUUCAUUCUCCCCAGGCUCCAGUGGCUUUCUUGGAGCCUGGGGAGGGCAAAAACAGCCUCCCCCCCAAGGCCCUCUGUAAGGCCCGUUCUUUGCUCUCCCCAGGCUCCAGAAGUUGGGAAAUGGGCUGUUUCCUGCCUCUGGAGGGCCUCGGGAGGGGGGGAGGCUGUUUUCACCCUCCCCAAGCUCCUAUAAAGGCUCUGGAGCCUGGGGAGGGUGAAAACAGCCUUCCAGUCCCACCGGAAGUCGGCAAACGGGCCCUUUCCAGCCUCCGGAGGGCCUCCAGGGCAGGUGGAGAAGACCAUUUUCGCCCUCCCUAGGCUCCUAGAAAGCCUCUGGAGCCUGGGAAGAAUGAAAAAUGGGCCUUCCCCACUCACCUGGAGGCCCUCCGGAGGCCAGAAACAGCCUGUUUCCUGAAUUCUGGUAGGCCCGUAAGGCCCAAAAAUCAGCUGGCGCAUGCUGGAGUUGAGCUAGGGCAACGCUCACAUGCCCACUGAUAUGGUUCUGCAUGCCACCUGUGCCACACAUGCCAUAGGUUCGCCAUCAUGGGUCUAGUGGUUUAGUCACUAGGCUAGAAACUAGGAGACCAUGAGUUCUAGUCCUGCCUUAGCCUGAAAGCCAUCUGGGAAACCUUGAGUCAGUUAUUCUCAACCCAACUCACCUCACAGGGUGGUUGUUGUGGGGAAAAUAGGAGGAGGAAGAGGUGUUGGAUAUGUUCGACGCCUUGAAUUAUUUGUAAAAAAAUGAAGACAGGAUACAAAUAAACAAACUUGAUAGGACCUUUGCUUUGGGAGUGAUAAUGUGCUAUCUACUUAUUAUAAGGGCACUAUAAUGGGGGUGGUGAUGUUGUUUGCUUUUUUGGCUUUCUGGUUUACCCCAGUGAAAAUCUUUUACUUCAGGUAGGCUAAAGAGAUGUAUAAAAAUGUGCAAUGCAUAGCAUUAAGGAGAUCUAAUAUAUCCAUCAUUUUCUUCUGUUCUAUCUUUUCUGGUCUAUUUAUUUCUCCUUAUUUUUUUUUUUUGUGGGGGCGGGGAAGGUCAGCUAUUGCACCUUGGGAGUGAGAAUCUGUAACAAUAAUGAAAAAGAAUUUCUGAAAGUAUAGUUGAUGAAUAAAAAUGACAUAUCGGCAGAGCUGUCACCUAAUUAAAGAAGCCGUUACAAUAAUUUAACCAUUCAGAAUAAAAUUCCAUAAUGCAUACAAUCUGCAUGAAUUUAUAGUCGACCCAAACAGUAUUUUCCAACCACAAAAUCUCCCUUGCAUAAAUUUUAAUUAAUUUCUGUUGGAACAUAUGUAUCGAUGUAUACAUAUAGCUAUCCAUUAUCAUCUAAAUCAGGGGUGUCCAACCUUGGCAACUUGAGGACUUCAACUCCCAGAAUUCCCCAGCCAGCAUGCUGUAAGGUUAGACAUCCCUGAUCUAAAUGAACUUUCAGAUAACAGCUGUAGCUUCUUCAUUCCUCUAUCCCAAAAUCUGCUUCAGAGGACCCUUCAACCUAUCUGGAAAAAUCAGUUCAAUUUGCCAUAUCAGAUCCUUUGCUGUGUGGCCCAAUCCACUGAUAUUUAGGAAAUACCCUUCUUUGUGUGAGACGGACAAAUAUAGCGCCCCAACAUUUCUAGCGUCUUUACAAUAAUUAUUUCCAGAUUUUAUGCAGGUUCCUUUGAAUGUAUUAUAAAUAGUUUUAACUGAGGAAAGAAAAUGAUAGUAAGGUUUCUAGGCCUAAUUUUGGCCGAUCAAAUUUUGCAAAGGAAACAAACAAACAAAACUUUAAACUUUUUGAAGUUUACCAUAAAUUUUUAAAACUUUUAAAAAAUGUUUGCUUCUGCAAAAUUUGCCAAAUGCCCAAUAGUAGUAUCAAACACAGCUCUGUUUAAAUAGAGCAGCAGCAAUAAAAACUGUUCAGAAAACUGGCAGAACAACCCCAUUUUUGCCCUCCCACCCAAAGGUUAGGGAUGGUAACAGUAGUGGAAUUCAAAUUUUUUGACUACUGGUUAUGUGGGCGUGGUGUGGCUUGGUGGGCGUGGCAGGGGAAGGAUACUGCAAUAUCUCCAUUCCCACCCCACUCUCGGGCCAGCCAGAGGUGGUAUUUGCCGGUUCUCUGAACUACUCAAAAUUUCCGCUGCCGGUUCUCCAGAACCUGUCAGAAGCUGCUGAAUAGCACCCUUGGAUGGUAACCAGGGAGUUUUUCAAGGGAUUUCUUAUGGCAUUUUCUCUGAGUACUACUUAUGAACCUCAAUUCAGGCAGUUGAUAAGAGCAUAGGCAUUCCUUCUUUCAAGCUGUGUACAAAAGUAAAUGUUGUUUCCAAAAACAGUGGUUGUGAGUUGAGAAUUUCAACCCUAUAUUUUGAAUCAUUUGCAGUUUAGACUGUGCAAAAUAUACAAAUCCACAUAUCCAAUCUGACAAUGCAUAUCUUUCUAUGUGAAUGCAAGAAAACGGAUUUUCAACAUGCUGCCUCCAUACAGGAUCAGAUAAAUGACUGAUAAAAUGGCCUCCUAUAUAUUGCUUUAAUUGUACAGGUAGUACUCACUUAAUAACUGCCCUGUUUAGCCACCAUUCAGACUUAACAAUGGUGCUGGAAAAAGUAAUUUUAUGACCAGUCUUACAUUUACGACGGUUGCAGCAUCUCAUUGUCACCUGAUCACCAUUUGUGAUCUUCACAGCUGGCUUCCAACAAGCAGUCAAUGGAGAAGCCGGCAGUAAAAUUGCAAGUCAGUAUCGUAUGAUGUCUCAAAUCACAGGUGAUUCAUUUAAUGACCAUAGUGGGAGUGACUUAAGUCUGGCCUGGUCGCAUGAUGUUUCACCUAAUGACCACAUUGCUUAGCAAAGAAAGUCCCAAUUGUGGUUUGUUAAAUGAGGACUACCUGUAUUUUCCUGCAUGAAUCUGGUUUUCACAUAAGAAAAGGGGAAAUUUUGGAGCAGGCCUAACAAAUGUAAAAACUAGCUAAGUUUUUGAGUCACAGUGGCGCAGUGGUUAGAGUGCAGUACUGCAGGCUACUUCUGCUGACUGCUGGCUGCUUGCAAUUUGGCAGUUCAAAUCUCACCAGGCUCUAGGUUGACUCAGCCUUCCAUCCAUCCAAGGUGGGUAAAAUGAGGACCCAAAAAUUGUUAGGGGCAAUAUGCUGACUCUGUAAACCAAUUAGAGAGGGCUGUAAAGCAUUGUAAAGCCGUAUAUAAAUCUAAGUGCUAUUGCUAUUGCUAAGUGAAAUUAUUAAAGAUACUCCACGCUUAAUAAUAUUGUCUGUGACAACCUUGCAGCCUAAUCCAUAGUGCUGAAGGAAAAGCAGCUAAUGAUAGGAAUUGUAGUUAAAAGUUGCUGGUAAAACUUGAUUAUGGCCAUUUCUAUGGCCAACAACAGGGGCCUUCUGAUUGAUUCACCAUCUGGAAAUUUCAAUUUCGGUUGAAUCUCAUUAACUGAGCUUUGCAAUGCUAGGUUAUAUUGAGCUAUUUCAUCUUUUUUUAAAAAAAUGACCUUUAAAAUGCACAUUAUUAUUUGUAUGUAAUUUUAAAGUGAAUAACAUAUUGACUUGGGUUUUUAAAUCUGAACUCAAUAAAGCGAACUGCUUAUUUGUAGAAUUUAACAUGUAAAUGUGGUUAUGAAGACAAUUUAUGUAAUUUUCAUAAAAUACUUCCACACAUAGAAUACUAUAUUCCAAACUGAAACAGCAAAGUAUUAUCAAUAUAGAUUUGUCUUUAAUUUGUACACUUAAUUUGGUCAAAUUAAGUUUGUUCGGCUGUAAUUUAUUUUGCUCCCAAUAAUUUUCAUUCUUUCACAUUUUAAAAAGCUGAGGUGUGUACACUGUUAAGUAAAUAAAAUAAAGACAUCAUCAUCAAAUCAUUCCUCAUUUAAUGAGUAUUCAGGAAUGAAUGCAUUUUGAUUAAAUUAAACAUUGUAACCUAGCCCUGCCAAUUUAGCUGAAAGCAACAAUGUUUCAACUAUUAACAUAAGGAAAGAUUAAAUGAAGUGUUGUAAAUUCUAUCAAAGAGAAAAUAUAUGAAAUCAUACACAAAAGAACCAUUUGUUCCAAUUUACAAGGUUGUUUUUUUUUUUUUACAAAUACCUAGCUCUCAGACAAAAAUGCAAUUUAUCUCAUUCUCAAGUAUAAUGUUUUAGAAACAUCAAAUUAAAAAAACUAUCAUAGAACAGUUAAUGUAAUGAUUGUCUUUGAAAAUGAAGUGGAAAAUAAGGACUAUGGACAAUAUUUGAUUGGAUUAAUAGUGUUCAGUAAAUUUGUUUUUAUUUAUUUAUUUUUUACCUCAGGUACCACUAGAUUUAACAAUGGAGAGCUCAUUCCAUUAUUUUGGAGUCUGGAUGUUGUUAACUUGUGCUAUCCAAUAGUAAAUAGAUUUACUAUUGGAAGUUGGUUCCACUAAAGGAACAAAUCAGAGACUGAAUAUACUAUGCCCAAUAGUUCAGUAUUUUUAUAUGUUGUAUAUGCUUUCUGAAAGUUAUUUCAAAAGCCAACAUUCUAUUGCCAAAACUGCUAUGAUUUACUGCAGUGUAUUAAUACUAAAAAAAAGUCAAGCCAUGCAGUGAAUUAUCAUAAUGUACAGUAACAGUUUUUAGCAAAAUGUAUUUUGUCACUAAUAUAACAUAGAGAAAAGCACAUUUAUAAUAGCACAAACUAUUAUUCCAUUGCUAUUUUUGGCAUUGAAAUUUUCCAAAAAAUAAACAGUGUACUGAUUCCAGAUUCCAAAUUGAUAUUUUCGAUCUUUUUAAUCAUUUAUGUUAGAUUUCUUCAGCGGCUCAUUUUAAAAUCAUCAUGUUCAUAAGUAAUUUCAUUUGUGUUAAGUAUAUAUCAGUAAAACUGGGAUGAAUUAACCUCUCCAAAUCAACUGGCUGGAUUGAUAGAACCUUUUCUUUUUUCUUCUCCCAGUUUUGUACAGUACGCCUUCUUAAAUCUGUGUUAUGCUUUUUGCCCAUAAUACAGGUAGUCCUCGGCUUAUGACCACAAUUGGCAUUUGAGUUUCCAUCACUAAGUGAUGCAGUUGUUAAGUGAGUCAUGACAUGAUCAUGCCUGACUUUGACCUUUUUGUCAUGGUUGUUAAGUGAAAUGGUCAUUAAGCAAAUCCAGUGCCUCCGCCUAGACUUUGCUUGUCAGAAGCUGGCUGGGAAGGUCACAAAUGGUGAUCAUAUGAUCCUGAGACACUGCAGUUGUCAUAAAUUCAUGCCAUGUGCCAAGUGCUCAAAUCAUGAUGAUGUGACUGCAUGACCAUUUGAUGGUCAUGAGAGAUUCAGUUGUAUGUCACUUUUUUCACUACUGUCAUAACUCUGAACAGUUGCUAAACAAAUUGUUUUAAGUCGAGAACUAUCGGUAUCCCCAAAUGGGGCCUACUUAGUAAGUAUCUUAGUGAACAGUUCUAACAGUGCUCCUUGAAAUAAUAAUAAUAAUUGCAGAAAGAUUAAACCUGGCUUGAAUAAUAUGGUGCUAAACCAAUUGUAGCUCCUAUGAUUGGUAGAAGAACAGGAUGUUUUGGUGGAUGAGAGGUUGCAGCAGAGCUGCACUAACUGUGCAUUCACUAACUGUGGUUGUGAAUGUCUAUGGAGAUUCUCAAUCGUCAUCCAAGGUCAUGGUUGUCCCAAAGGUGCUUUUUUCAAGAGGCAACUGGACUUUCUUGUUUUUCUUGGAAGACGUUUCACUUCUCGUCCAGAGCUGAAGAAGCUUCUUGGAUGAGAAGUGAAACGUCUUCCAAGAAAAAUAAGAAAGUCCAGUUGCCUUUUGAAAAAAAAAAAAAACACCUUUGGGAUGUGGUUGUGAAUGGCUAUAAAGAAGACACCAUCCGGUGGAAAAAUUGUGCUAGACUUGAAAUUCUCCCCGAGGACCUCAGGCACACAAAAUGGAAUCUUAAGGUUAAAAAAAAUAAGAUGGUGCAAAUUAUCCAGCACCUGAAUUUGAAAUCUCAGAAAACGCCUACUAAUCUGUCCUGAACUCUCUUAUCGUUAACAUAGAUUCAUUUUGCACUGAAUUAAUCUGAACAGGAGGACCCAACACUGAGCCCAAUAAUUUGGAAGUACAAAAAUGUAUGAUGUUACCAAAUCAAAGUAUUAGACAUUUCCUAUUGAGUUCUUUUCUUUUUGUUCUUCCUUUCCUCUUUUCUACUUCUAUAGAUACUAUACGUGUAGCAUUCUACAGGCAUGCUGGGUACAAUAUACUAUGCAAAUGAGUAUAGUGUUGCAUGGUUUGCAGCCUCUCUGCUUUUAGUGGCUUUCAAUGAAAAUGAAAGUGUUUUGUUCUUUUUUUGUGAGCCCAGGACAUCUAACAGAAGAAAAUGCAGACUGCAUGCUUACAUUAUUCUAAGUUCUAUGGAGUUGUUUUAUGGAAUUUAAAUGUAUUAAAUUGCAUUAACAUUUUUUUCUACAAUAAAAGAGACAAAAACAUCUCA